UAUACCCUAAUUCCAUUCUCUCUAUCUCUCUCCAGUUUCACAUCAGAGCUAAACCCUUGAUCGUUUCAUUUCACUAAGUUCUCUCUUCCUUUUCUUCUACAGCGAUUCCACAAUGCCAAUCUCUGGUGAAUCUCAGACUCUGACUCGUUGACUUUCCGGCUUCGCUCUCGCUUUCUCCGUCCGAUUCCCUCGCUUUUCCGUCCGAUUCAGCCACGCUCUUCCCUAAACAUCAUAUUUCCUGUUAAUCUUAGUCUCAAGGCUAAGCCUGAAGCUGAUAGCUUGGUGGAAGAUGGGAUGGAGAUAACUCCAAACGGUGGUAACAUGGAGAAUGUAAUCGAGAUGAAGAAUAAGAAAAAAACGGUGGAGGUUAAGCCGAUGGAUCGUGAGGUUAUCAUCACUCGGAAGGUUCUUCGCUCAGGCUCUGUGGAAAGGGAUACAGAAAACAGUGACAAACAUCAUGGGAAGGGUGGUCGUAAGGGAGAUCUAUGUAAGGACAUGAUUAGUUCUGUUGAUGAGGUGAAAGAAGAAGGAAAACGUGAGCAUGUGGAGUCUCCAGUACCUGAGGAGACUCAUGGUGAUGGUUUUAGAAGUCGAGUUAAAGUGGAAGAUGAGGAUGAUGUAAGCGGAAAAGAAGUGCCAGUUAAACGCCAAAGGGGAACGCCUCAUAAGUUGCAGAUCAGCAGUCAAUCUGAUGGUAAUGAGAAAAAGCUUAUUGGCGUCAGCUUCGUUCAAGAGGAGGAAGCAAAAGUAAAGCUUGAGUCUGAGCAAUCUGCGGAAGAUAAGAUGAUUCUUGGAGCUGAUUUUAGGAGUCAGGUUAAGGUUGAAAUCAAGGAUGAUACAUCAUAUGGUGAAGAUGGGAAUGUCGAGCCACAUGAUGAAGAGGUCAAAGUUAAACGCAAGCGUGGAAGGCCUAAAAAGUUUCAGGCAAGCAGUCAAUCUGACGAGAGCGGCUCUAGCACAAACUGUAAACUUGCAAGAAGUCCAGAUAUGAGCAGCGUUAGUUUGAAACCUCAGCGUAAGCGUGGACGGCCUCCAGCACCAAAGACAAAGAGGAAAUCUGGGGACGCAGGUAGAUCAGAUUGUGAAGCAAAGAAGAGACUGAAGGUUUGUGAGAGUCUCUACAACCCCUUAAUUGAUGGAGAGAAGAGGAUUGGAGAAGUACAAAACAAGCAGAUUGAAGCUGGAGAACAAUCUAAAUCAAAGUCGAAGAAAAUGCUGAGUGACCGGAUACUACAGUUACUUCUAGCUGCUGGUUGGAAAGUCGAAUACAGGCCUCGAUAUGGGAGGCUAUAUAAUGAUGCUGUUUAUGUCAAUCCUGAGGGAAAGACUCACUGGUCAGUGACCAAGGCGUAUCAAGUUUAUAAAAAUCAUUUGGAAAGGAGCAUGAAUGAUCAAACGAACUCUACCACAGGCUCUGGUUUUGGCUUGCUAUCAGAAGAUGACCUUCACCUAUUAGUGAGAAAAAUUCAGAAAAAAAGGAGCGACAAAGGCAAGCAAAGGCAAAACUGGAAGGACAUAGAUACUAAUGACAAAAUGGUCUCAGCAAAGGGAAUAGGAAAGCGUGCACUACAUGGAAAGGAAGGGCAGAAGAAACGGAAAGGGAGUGAUAGGUCACACAGCUUAGAAAGAAUCUCAGUGUCAAAACGAAAAAUAAAGAGGGAAGAGAAGCAUAACAGAAAGCGCGGUGCUUUGUCUGCUCGCAGUUCUUUGAGCGAUGCAGAUUCCAAAGAGAAUGGUUACAUUUUAUUUGAAGGGAAACGCACCAUGCUGGGUUGGAUGAUUGAUUCAGCGGUUGUGCCACUUUACGGGAAAGUUCAGUGUAUGAACUGCAAAAAGACUCAAGCGCACCUAGAAGGAAUGAUUACAAAAGAGGGUAUUCGAUGCAACUGCUGUGACGAAGUAUUCUCUGUUUUCGAUUUCGAGGUUCAUGCUGGAGGUAAGCACAACCAGCCAUUCAGAAGUCUGUAUUUAGAGGGUGGGAGGUCUCUGUUGGAGUGCUAUCUUGAGUCUUGGAAUAAACAAAGCGAAACAGUGCUUAAAGGGUUUCAUACCGUGGAUUUUGGUGUUGGGGAUCAGAAUGACGAUACAUGUGCUAUAUGCGGGGAUGGGGGAGAUCUUAUCUGCUGUGAUGGUUGCCCAUCAACCUUCCAUCAGAGCUGCUUGGGAAUCAAAAAAUUCCCUUCUGGUGCCUGGUUUUGUUGCUACUGCUCAUGCAAAUUUUGCGAGAAAGUUGAGGCAGCUAAUCAUGACACUACAACUCUUUCUACUUUGUUGAGGUGCCGCCAGUGUGAAGAAAAAUAUCACCAAACAUGCAUCAAGCAAGAAAGCAUGGUGCCUGGUGAAAUAAGUGCUCAUUCAUUUUGUGGAAAGUACUGUCAAGAGUUAUCCGAGGGACUUCAGUUACUCAUUGGAGUAAAACAUCCACUGCCUGAGGGCUUCUCCUGGACAUUCCUUCGCCGCUUUGAGCUCCCUCGUGAGGUUCUGGAUAGUGACAUAUCUGAGAAGAUUGCAUAUAAUGCCAAACUGGCUGUUGCAUUUUCUGUUAUGGAUGAGUGCUUUUCACCUUUAGUUGAUCACAGGAGUGGUGUCAACCUGCUUGAAAACAUUGUUUAUAAUUUUGGGUCGAACAUCCAUCGGCUAAAUUACAGCAAUUUUCGUACUGCUGUUUUGGAGAGGGGUGAUGAAAUCAUUGGUGUGGCAUCUAUCAGGAUCCACGGCAAUCAACUUGCAGAAAUGCCGUUUAUAGGAACCCGCUAUAUGUACAGGCGUCAAGGAAUGUGUCGUCGACUAAUGAACGGCAUUGAAACUGCGCUAGGCUCUCUCAAAGUUGACAAACUAGUCAUACCAGCAGUGCCAGAACUAAUGGAUACAUGGACCUCAGGCUUUGGCUUCAGGCCUGUUGAUGAAUUAGAGAAGAAAACAAUUAAGAAUCUCAAUUUAGUGGUGUUCCCUGGUGUAGACAUGCUGGAGAAACCACUGGUGAAGGAGUCGAAUGUUUCCUCUUCAAAUGGUGAUCUGCCGUUGGCACCUGCCAUGAGCGUGCCUGUAGAUGUUGAGGAAACUAAACUAUGUGUGAAGUCAAUGGAUGUAGACGAGGCAGAUAAUAAUGUUGCAGAAUCCAAUCCGAAGCUACUUAACGUAUCCCUAGAGGAGAAAGAUGAGAUCGGGAAACUUACAGAUAAAGACGAGUCUCUUCCCGAUGUAGUUGAUAACCAAAGAGAAUCUAACUUAGGAGUGGCUGAUGAUUCACAUGCGGAUCAAACUGGUACUAAAAGGCAGGAGAGUGGUGAUUUAGAAGAUAAGACGCCUUCUGGAGUUAACGCAGAGGUUGCUGAGGAGUCAGAUGAUUGUUACAUAAUAGAACAACCUCAGCGACUUGGUAAUGGUGGUACAGAGAAAAAGAUUGACAACAAAACUCUAGCGCUAAAGAAACAAGUGCCUUCGAAGUUGCGAGCAUCGCCUCGAUUGAAUCAAAGAUCAUGGAGAACAUCGACGCGGGUGAAGCAGAAGUACACAGGUCGGACUAAUGGUGUAUUGCUUAACUCUUCACAACAGUAUGUUUAAUGGUUGAUGCAUAGACAGGAUCUUUUGUUGUUUGUGCAUAUACCAGAAACUAACGCAUUUUGUCGAAAGAUGAAAGAAAAGUAGUUAGAUUAUAUGCUAAUUGCAGUGUUUAGUAGUUUCAUUAGUGGCUCGAGACAGGUUAAGUAGCCUUGCACUGCUCGAUGCUUUUGUUAGACUUUAAUUUUUGGGUAGCAAACACUUAAAAGUUCUCUCAUCUGCAUUAUGUAAUAUUAUAUAUAUAUUGAGCUGCUUCCUCUUAUAUUUUAAUGUCUAAACAUCGUCUGGGUUAUUAUGA